AAAACUUUUGAAAAAAAAAUUAAAAAAAACAAAAAAACAAAAGAUAAUUCAACUAUACCUAAUGAUAAAACUAGUAGAACUGAAAAAAAAUUAUCUACUUCUGACUCACGGGAUAUAAAAUCUACUGAGGAUUAUACUGAAAAAGAAUCAAGAACUGUGUUUGUUGGCAAUGUCCCAGUUAAUGUUAAAAUGUCAGCAAUAAAAAAAUUAUUCAAACCGUUUGGAGAAGUAGAAACUACUAGAUUAAGAAGUGUUGCUGUCAAAAAUCUUGAAGUGCCUAAACGUGUGUCCAUAAUGAAAGGAGAUUUUCAUCCACAGAGAGAUACUGCCAAUGUUUAUGUACGUUUCAAAACUAUAGAACAGGCACAAAAAUCAUUGGUUUUAAACGCUACACAGUUUGAAGGACAUACAAUUAGAGUAGAUAUGGCUUUAAAUACGGGUCAUAAGCAGAAUAUGAAAAAAGGAAUAUUUAUUGGAAAUCUUCCCUAUAGUAUUCAGGAAGAUGAAAUAUGGGAUUAUUUUAAAGAUUGUGGACCAAUAUCAGCUGUGCGUAUAGUCCGUGAUAAUGCAACUGGCGUGAGCAAAGGCUUUGGAUAUGUAGAUUUUGAAACUAAAGAAUCUGUUGAAUUAGCUAUGCAAAUAAAAGGGAAAAAGGUUCAAAAUAGAGAAAUUCGCAUCAAAAGGAUUGAAACUAAAAAAAAUACAAAUAAGGUGUUCAACCAAAGACCGUUGCCAUAUUUAAAAAAAACCAAACCUGUGGGUAAAAGUGGUCAAAACUUCCAAGGAGAAAAAAUGAAACCAAAAAUGAAUAAAAAGAAACAAAAACCAACAAAAACUGAUUUAAUGAGAAAGAAGAUUGCUAAAAAAUUAAAUGUUUAAUCUAAUUUGUAUUGACUAAUAAAAUUAUUAAAUUGAA